CUACAUCCUACGCCUCGGUGCUUACUAUCACUUCCUUCACUGUGGAAAGAUACCUGGCCAUCUGUCACCCUCUCUUGGCGCACAAGAUUGCCGCCUUAUCCAGAGCCGUGAAGAUCAUCAUAUCCAUAUGGAUUAUAUCAAUACUGGUAGCCUUGCCGUACACAAUCCACACCCGCACUUACCACGCAGUGACAAUCCCUGGGACCAACUCAACAGUGCCUAACUCGCUUGUCUGCAGCAUCCCUUUCUCCGACCUGGGCGGCUUCAUGUACUAUAUGUUCCAGGUAUCCACCUUUCUCUUCUUCGUGGGACCUGUCACUAUUAUAGUCAUCCUUUACAUCCUCAUCGGUGUAGCCCUGCGGCGAUCGCCGUUGGCCCGAGGAUCUUCUGAUGAAAGAAACUAUGUCACCAUGAAAAGUCCACCCUCAGUUCCCCAGCAGCCUCGCAGGGUUGUUAUCAGGAUGCUCGUUGCUGUGACGGUCGCCUUCGUGGUCUGUUGGGCCCCGUUCCAUGCUCAACGCCUCAUGACCCUCUAUGUCAUGAACUGGACUCCAGACCUGCUGCUUGUCCAGUCUCAUAUCUUCUACACCUCAGGUGUCCUGUAUUUUGUGAGCUCUACCAUGAAUCCAAUAUUAUAUAAUCUCAUCUCUAAGAGGUAUCGAGCAGCUUUCAAACAGACUAUUUGCCCCUGCUGUCACUCACGGCCUACCUCAGGGAGCAUCAGUACAGCUCGUCAUUCUGAGCGGUUCUCAAAAUCUCCAGGCAUGGUGGUGGUCAAGAACGGCAACGACAGUCUCAGGGUGAUUUUCAG